CAAGAUCUUUUAGACUCUAUUUUAACUGACAGUCCCAGGAGUGUGAACUCCAGUGGGAUUUUUGUGCCCCAUAAUUCAUACAAUUCUCCCGUAGAAAGUGUUGGCUCACACAAUGGCUACUCCAGCACAGUCAGCAGCAGCGUGUCAUCCGACACCAACUACAGGAGAGUUCAGCCGGGGGUCCUGGCUCCU